AUAUACAGGAAUGACAAUUUGAUUGAUCUUAAUAAUCAACGUUCAAAGAGAUACCGAGAUGAUGGUGAGAAUGACUUGGAACCCAAUUGGAACCCACAAAAGAAGAGGCGGGGAUCUUCAACGGCUAGCUCUAGCCUACUUAAGAACGAAUCUAAAUUUAUGGAACAAAUUGUUCAAGAGGUCUCAAAAAUAGUAUUAGAUUGUACAUAUUUGCAUGUUGUUUAGUAUCCAGUGGGAAUAAAGUCUCGUGUAGAAGAUAUUAAUAUGCUAUUAUGUAUUGAGGAGAAUGACGUACGCAUGAUAGGGAUUUUCGGUAUUGGUGGAAUUGGUAAAACAACCAUUGCAAAAGAGAUGUAUAACCGCAUUACUAAUCAAUUUGAAGGUAGCUGUUUUCUUGCAAAUGUUAGAGAAUCUUCAAAACAAGAUCAAGGUGGUCUCGUAAAGUUGCAAAAGACAAUUCUUUCUGACAUUCUUAAAGAUUCAAGUUUGAAAGUUAGUAACGUUGAUCGAGGAAUCAAUUUGAUAACGGAAAGACUUUGUCGUAAAAGAAUUCUUUUGGUUCUUGAUGAUGUUGAUCAUUUGGACCAAUUAAAAAAAUUAUGUGGAAGAUGCGAUUGGUUUGGUUCUGGGAGUCGAAUCAUCAUAACAACAAGGGAUGAGGGUUUACUAACUAAGUAUGGUGUUAGUUUGAAAUAUCCUAUGAAGGAAAUGGAUCACAAUGAAGCCCUUCAGCUCUUUAGCCAGCAUGCCUUCAAAAGUGACAAACAUAUUGAUGGUUUUGCGGAUCUCUUAGAGGAUGCACUACAUUAUGCUGGCGGCCUUCCACUUGCUUUAAAAGUGAUAGGCUCAAAUCUAUAUGGAGAAGAUGUAUGUUAUUGGAAAAGUGAAUUGGAAAAGUACAAAAGAAUUCCAGAAAAAGAAAUCCAGGAAAAACUCAAAAUAAGUUAUGAUGGAUUAGAUGAUUCUACAAAAAAGGUUUUCCUUGACAUUGCAUGUUUCUUUAAAGGAGACAAGAGAGAAUAUGUCACUAAAAUACUGGACAGUUGUGGUUUCAGUGCCUAUGCUGGUAUCAAAAAGCUCAAUGAUAAAUGUCUCAUAACAAUUGAUCAAUAUGAUGGUAACCAAUAUUUGUGGAUGCAUGACUUACUACAAGAUAUGGGAAGAGAAAUUGUUCGACAAGAAUCACCCAAAGAACCUGGCAAGUGCAGUAGAUUAUGGUUUGACAAAGAUGUCCGUGAAGUACUUGAGAAAAAUAAGGGAACAGAGCAAAUUGAAGGCAUAUUGAUAGAUUUGCCUUGGGAGGACUGCAUGAUACGUUUGGGUUCUGAGGUGUUUGCAAAAAUGGAAAGCCUCAGAAUAUUAAAAAUUAUAUCCUGCAGGGAAAUUUUUUGUGGUGGAUUGAAGUAUCUCUCUAAUGAGUUAAGAGUUUGUGAUUGGCUCGGUUGCUCUUUGGAGUUUUUGCCAUCUUCUUUUCAUGGAAAGAAACUCAUUGUUUUAAACAUCAAAGGAAGCAAUAUUACUGAUUUCGGCACGGGAUUGCAAUCUAAGAACUUGACACGUAUAGAUCUCAGUUAUUGUCGAUACUUGACAAAUAUAUUAGAUCUUUCAAGUUGCCCAAAUCUAGAGGAGUUGGUUCUUGAUGGAUGUACAAGAUUAGCUGAGGCUCAUGAUUCUGUUGGAUUUUUGGAUAAGCUUGUUGAAUUGAGAUUGGAAGGAUGUUCCAAUUUCAAGAAGUUGCCAAGUAGCUUCAAGUUGAGAUCUCUAGAAUUACUCAAGCUUGAAGGUUGUACAAGCCUUGAAAACUUUCCUGAAAUUGAGUGUGAAAUGGAACAUUUGAAGCGGGUCGUGAUAGAAAGCACUGUAAUACAGGGGCUACCUUCAUCCAUUACAUACCUCACUGGACUCGAGGAGUUAUUUAUCAAUGGGUGCAAAAGCCUUGUGCUUUUUCCAAUAAACAUUUUUCAGUUGGAACAUCUAAAGGAUGUUACAGUCAUUAAAUGUCCAAAUUUUGUAAAUUUUGGACAGGAGGUGGGGCAUAAUGGACAAUCCAUGCCAUGUACACAAGAAAAUAAAAUUUCAUCCAGUUUGGCUUAUUUAAAUCUAUCUGAUUGUGGUUUUGUUAGCCUUCCUCCAUGCAUUGAAGGAUUCGUUGGAUUGUCUUACCUUCCUUUGAGAGAUUGCAAGCAACUUGAGGAAAUUGUACACCUUCCACCAAAUUUAGAACAGGUAGAUGUUACAGGAUGCAUGUUAUUGCAAUGCUUUCCUCAUGUAUCGACAGAAUCCUCAUUUGGUAUAACCGAGUUAAAACGGCUAAAAUUGAUUCACCUAUCAGAGUGCAAUAAAGUGGAUGUGAAUGUCGGGAAUCAAGCACCAAAUCCAUUAUUGGUUCAGGAACGCUUUCGGGAGAAAGAUUCAAGUAGGAUUAUAUAUCCAGGAAGUAGGAUUCCAGAGUGGUUCAAGUAUUGCAAGGAGACUACUUCAUAUACUAAUUCUAUUGAAAUAGAAAUUGAUCCUAAUGAGUCCAUAUGUUUUGGUUAUCAGAUCAUGGCAUUAGUUUUGUGUUUUGUUUUGGGAACUCUUCCGGUGGGAUGUAGAAUAGAAACUAUUACUAUCUCAAUAAAUGGCCAAUCGAUUACACAUGCUAACAUAUGGCCUUCAAAAGACCAACAUCGUGUAUUGCUACAGUACAUAGCUGGAAAUUCUAUAGAUCAGAUGGUGUCAAGAAGUUAUAGGGAGGGGAACAAUAUGAGGUUUACAUUUGGAAGUGAUAGAAAGAAAGCAAUCUUCAAAAGUGCGGGAGUCCAUCUAAUAUACAGGAAUGACAAUUUGAGUGAUCGUAUUCUACCUUCAAGUAUGAUGGUGAGCAUGACAAUGGAUCCCGAUUGGAACCCCGAGCAGAAGAGGCGGGGAUCUUCAGCCAGCUCUAGCAUUAUGGAAAUUCAAGGAGGCUAUUAAUGAAGAACUUUCGACUUGGAUUCAAGUAGGAUUAUAUAUCCAGGAAGUAGGAUUCCAGAGUGGUUCAAGUAUUGCAAGGAGACAAGUUCAUAUAGUAAUUCUAUUGAAGUAGAAAUUGAUCAUAAUGCGUCCAUGUGUUUUGGCAUCAGAUUGUGGCAUUAGUUUUCUGUUUUGUCGUGGGACCUACGGGGGGUACUUUAAUCACCACAAUAAACGGCCAGCUGAUUAAUAGAGAUAUUUUGAUUGUGAUAUACGGCCUUCAAUGGACCCACAUGAUCGUGUGUGGCUACAAUACAUAGCUGGAAAUUCUAUUGAUCAGAUGCUGUCAAGAAGUUACAGGGAGGGGAACAAUAUGAGGUUUACAUUUGAAAGUUGGCUUUGAGAAAGCAAUCUUCAAAAGUGUUGGAGUCCAUCUAAUAUAUAGAAAUGACAAUUUUAUUGAUCUUAAUAUUCAACUUUCAAAGAGAUACCGAGAUGAUGGUGAGUAUGACAUGACUUGGAACCUGAUUGGAACCCACAACAGAAGAGGCGGGGAUCUUCAACGGCCAGCUCUAGGUUUAAUGGAGUUCAUGGAUGCUAAUGAAGAUUUGGAUUUAAAACUUCAACUUGGGAAUUGAAGUUCGAAAAGGAAUCAAAGUUGCAGAAGGAAUCAAAGUUGGGAAAGAACUAUAACCAUAACAGACUUUAACGAUCGUGGCAUUGUGUUUUGUGUUUUUGCAUCAGAACAAGAAUAAACGGCCAGCAGAUUAGAACUGAUCAUGAGAUGCGGCUACAGACUUCAAUGGAUCCACAUGAUCGUGUAUGGCUACAAUACAUAGCUGUAAAUUCUAUUGAUCAUGAGAUUCUGUCAAGAAGUUACAGGGAGGGGAACAAUAAUAUGAGGUUUACAUUUGAAAGUGAUUUAGAGAAAUCAAUCUUCAAAAGUGCUGGAGUCCAUCUAAUAUACGGGAAUGACAAUUUCAUUGAUCCUAUUCAACUUUCAAAGAGAUAUCCGCGAGAUGAUGGUGAGCAUGACUUGGAACCCACAACAGAAGAGGUGUGGAUCUUCAACCAGCUCUAGCAUUAUGGAAAUUCAAGGAUGCUAAUUGAUUUAAUUAAUGAAGAUUUGGAUUUAGAACUUCCACUUGGCAAUUGAAGUUCAGAAAGGAAUCAAAGUUGCGGAAGGAAUCAAAGUUGGGAAAGAACUAUAACCAUAAUAGACUUGAAGGGAUGCUUGUGGAAUUUGCAGCAAUCUCCUCGACCACCUUACUAGAAUUUCAGUACAUAUAUAUGCCAGGAAUAUUGAAACGGGUUCAAGGCCUCAAAGACUCUGUUUUUAGACCAAGACCAGAUCUGUAAAGGGAGAUUUAAGGGCCCUGAAAAUUAUGUUUUACAGACCUAAGGACCAUAAGGCAAUCUCCUCGACCACUUUACUGGAAUUUCAGUACAUAUAUAUACACCAGGAAUAUUGAAACAUGUUCAAAGGCCUCCAAGACUAUGUUUUCAGACCAAGACCAUAUAUUUAAAGGGAGAUUUAAGUGCCUUGAAAACUAUGUUUUACAGACCUAAUGACCAUAAGAAGGCUUUCUGUGAGACUACCACGUCUUCCCAUAUUGGAAAGGAUGCUGGAUGAAUUGUUAUACUAGGCAGUAGAAGGUCACCAUUAAAAGGCUGAAGUUAAUGACCAAAUUUAUGUGUGGAGGGAAGAAAGGUAAUGUGCGUGGAGCUCGUUUUCUUAACAUUUCUGGCAAACGCAUGCAUUGAGAUGAAAUUAAUUAAUGUCUGUGCAAGUUAAGGGAAUCUAAAUUGUUGUUGAUUUUCUUUUUCAUCAUACUGUAAUUGUUGAUCUUCUUGAGCUGCAUUUGUCAAAAUACAGGGUAAUUGCUGAAAGUUUUUGGUUUGAGAAAUGACAUAAAUCAAAGGUCCUAAUGCCCUGGAUGGGAUUAUUGUCAUACAUUUGUACUCGUCUCAACAUUAGAAUGAACUCUUACUGGUUAUUGUCAUACAUAAUCCCUGCUUACUGGUUACUAAUCAUAAGGUUAUGUACUAAUGCAUAAUGAAAGACUUCUAUAUUAGUAUCACCAAUAUUGGCCUGCCAUUUUGUGGUUAUCUUGCUGGAGCUCUUGUAUCUAAUCACGACUUACUUGAUGGCUAACUGUAUGUGGCAGAGGUAGUGGCGGAGCUAGGAUUUUAUUUCGAUAGGUGCAAAAUCUAAAUAAAUUUUUUUUAAAAAAAGGUAUGAACUAUUUUUCUUUUGUAGAACAUUUCUUCAAUUAUAAUGACAAUAAGUUCUUUACACUUCUUUAGAUGAGGAUGCACUGCUACAUCUAAUGGAUGCAACUGCAGACAUGCCACUGUUCCUACAGCACCCCCUCCCUGUCAUGUUGAUGUAGGAUAUGCAAAAAUCAGAAACCCUCCUGAAGUUCAAGGCCUCCCUUCAACCCAAUGACGCAUUAAUCAGCUGAAAUGGCUCAACAACACCAUGUUCUGAGCAUAACGUAAAUUGGGUUGGUGUUCAUUGUGGGAAAGGAAAAGUUAAGGGUUUACGACUCGAGAAUAUGGGACUAAAUGGUUUCAUUGAUGUGGACUUGCUCGCGUUACUGUCGAAUUCGAGAACUAAAAGCUUUAUGAAGAAAAACUUUAACCUUGCCAAAGCUUUUGGAGCUUGAGGAUAACCAUUUUGAUGGUCAGAUACCAGAUUUUCAACAGAAUUCAUUGAGUGCUUUUAACGUAUCAGGCAAUGAAUUGGGAUGGAUUCAAGCUCCUUCUCUGGAAAUUUAGAGCUAUGUGGAAUGCCCGUGGGUAAUUGUGAUGAAGGCUCAAUUCCAAGCAUCCUAGUGAUUGUCAUACUUGCAACGAUGGCAACAGUCGGAAUAGGUGUGAUGGUCUUCAUCAACCACAAGAGGCAACCUUCUUUAUUGACAAAGGCUCCAGUACAGCCAUUAAACUUGCAAAAGAAAUCAGGCAUAAAGGAAUCAAACGAAUCAGGGCAAGACUCAACAAACUACAGUGGAAAUACCAAGAAGGUUGAGAAUGUGAAGCUGGCCUUUGUCAGGGAAGAUAGGGAGAGGUUUGAUAUGCAGGAAUUGCUAGAAGCCUCAGCUGAGAUAUUGAGCAGUGGAUCAUUUGGGUCUUUGUGUCUUCUUACAAGGCUGCCUUGCACAAUGGACAGGUGAUGGUUGUGAAGCAGUUCAAACAAAUGAAUAAUUUGGGGAAAGAGGAGUUUCAAGAGCAUAUGAGCAAGCUAGGGAGGUUGAGACACCCGAAUCUGCUUCCUCUGGUGGCUUACUACCAUAUAUAGGAAGGAAGAGAAGCUCUUAGCAUUUUGACCGUGCAGAAGGCCAGCUUGGCCGUUCAUCUACAUGCCCCAAGACAACCUACAUAGCCCUUUGUUCAUGCUGCUUGCUUUUCCAUUCCUCCUCUGUUUUGUUCAAACCACAAGUCGGCAACUUAUGGCCAUUAAUUGGUCUCUCUCUGCCACAUAUUGAAGAUGUUCAACCACACCGAAUGCUAAACUCUUGGCCACGAUAUUCGGAAUUGAAGUUUGGAAAUGAAUCAAAGUUGAGGAACGAAUCAAAGAAGGGAAAGAAUUGUAACCAGAACAAACUUCAACGGUGAAGAGAUUGAAGGACAUGAUUGCAUCUGGCUAGUCAUUUGUGGGGAUUUUUCUUUCAGUUCACUUCUCUAAGAUCUAGUGGGGUAUGGAAUUUCCUUUAUUACGAGCAUUUCUUUUAAUUUUGGCUUUGGAUUGCUAGCCAGAGAAAAGUAAAGUUGUUGCUUUUAAUAAAUAUAAUGUAGCUUUUUUGUUUGCUACUUUACUUGUUUUUUGGCCGUCUGGAUAGACCAAAAAGAUUCCUUUUGGUGUUGUAGGGGUUGCAGUUUUUCAGGUUCAAGAUAUUGGUUUUUUUUCGAGUUUUGUGAUCGUAAAGUUUGGAUCACUUAUGGCGUAGGUUGUUUACAUGUAAAGUUGUGGUUUGUUUGGUUUUGGUUUAUAAAUAGGCAUGUUUAGAUUGGUUUUAUUGAUUUAUUUAUUUAGUUUAAUGUAUAGGUUGUUUUUAUUUUACUGGAUUUUGAUGCUUGGGAUGGUUUUUCUUGAA